UAUUUUUUAAAUCGACACACAAAAAUGUUUAUCUCCAAGACCAUAUUAUUAAUCGUUAGUUUAUUCUGCAUUUCCUGCAGAGCACAGGAAAUACUAACGCAGGUGAACCUGACAUUGUAUACUGAGGGAUUAUGUCCAACUUGCAAACAAUUUAUAGUAACUCAACUGUAUCCAGCCGCCCAAGUACUCGGAGACUCGCUUGUAGUAGAAAUGGUUCCUUUCGGAGCAAUGGGUAAGUUUGGAGAUGAAUGGACUUGUAACCAUGGACCAUUAGAGUGCUAUCUUAACAGUGUUGAUUCAUGUCUUAUCAAUUUGAAACCUUCCCAAAUACAAUUACUGUCUUUUGCUUCUUGUCAUGGAAAGAAGACAAGCAUUCAUAAAUCUCAGGAAGAAACUGAAGCAAUAGUUAAAGAGUGUGCCGAAGAAAAUAAUGUAUCAUGGGAUGACAUUAAUAAAUGUUUAACUGACGGUACUGUUGAAACCCUUCUUUUGGCUAAUCAAGAGAAAACAGAAAAUGCCGGAGCCGAUGCAUAUCCCGAUAUAAGAUUUUUUAAUAGUUUUUUUAAUAACGACUUAGAGUUAUCUUCUUUACAAGAUUUGGUAGCGACAGUCUGUAAUUUUUUUACUUCUUUCAAAGGUGCCAAACCAAGUGCAUGUGAUGAAGAAUUUUUGAAUGUCAAGAAUUAAAAACACACUCAAAAAGUGUUAAUUUAAAAACGUUUUUGUAAUAUAAAUUAACACAGAUAAUAAAUACAGAGCAAUUUAAUUUUUCAAAUUUAUUCACUAUACUGUUGUCUAAAUAAAAU